CCUGUUUCUGUUUACAUCGAGCUUCCGUCGCAACAUGGCAACUAAAGAAGCGAAGGGGAAAAAAGGAAAAGAUGGGGAGAAACGAAGUGCCAAAAAGAGUGAAGAGUCCAUAAUUGAUGAUGAAAAGAAAGAGGGGUCCAUUAUUGGCGGGACUGAAUCGUCACCAACAGAAGAUAACGUCCAAGAGUCGCCACGAAAAGAGCCAACUCCCGAACCUGAAUACGAUGAACCAUCCUUGUCUGAACUAAUCAUAGAGAGCUAUGAGGGUGAGAAGGUUCGGGGAAUGUACGAGGGUGAGAGUGUGGCAAAUUACACAGGUGGACAUGUCUACAAGGGGAUGUUUAUGGAAGGCCUUAUGCAUGGAAAAGGGAGCUACACAUGGUCAGAUGGUGUUAAUUAUGAGGGCGAGUUUUACCAGAACAAAGUCACUGGUAAGGGAGUUUAUCGGUGGCCCGAUGGCAGUUCCUUUGAGGGGGAUGUAUUGAAUGGAAAGCGACAUGGUGAUGGAUCAUUCCAUUAUAAGGGAAACAAGGUGUCCUAUACUGGAGAGUGGUGUUCUGGGAAAAGGAAUGGAAAGGGGAAGAUGGAAUAUGAUAGUGAAGGAAAGUCAUUCUAUGAUGGAGAUUGGGUGAACAAUAUCAAACACGGGUGGGGAACUCGUCAGUACCCCUCGGGCAACAUUUACCAGGGGAUGUGGUUCAACAACGUCCGCCACGGUGAAGGCACUAUGAAAUGGCACGACAAAAACCAACUCUACACAGGCAACUGGGAAAACGGCAUCCAGCAUGGUAUGGGCCAACAUAUUUGGUUACUACGCCGUAAGACAGGGUCACAGUAUCCUCUCAGAAACAUGUACGACGGUGAGUUCGUCAAUGGUCUCAGGCACGGAUUCGGAACAUUCUUGUACGCCAAUGGAGCCAAGUAUGAGGGAGGCUGGAAAAACAACAUGAAACAUGGAAAAGGGAAGUUUACAUUCAAGAAUGGAAGAAUCUAUGAGGGAAUGUUUGAGAGGGACCACAUAGUGGAAUACCCUGAUUUUACUAUGGAUGGGGCCACCACACCUGACAUUACACAGAUCAGGACAAGGACACCACUUCCUGGAGACAAUCUAUCAGUCCACAGUAACGAGAGCAGGAACACCAUCAGUCCUAGCUUCCAACUGGACAUUGACCACCUCCUUAACGAGCUAACUGAUUACGACAGAGAGGAGGAAGCUCAACAGGCUCUCUGUGUGGUCAUGCGUAACAUCAGUACCCUGAGGAAGAUAUACAACUUCUACAGUAGCCUGGGCUAUGAGGAGAGUUCAGACAAUACAUUUGUUAUGAACAAGAUGCAGUUCUGGCGGUUCAUGAAGGACUGUAAGCUCCAUGAUGGCCAGCUUACCCUCAUGGAUAUGGACAGAAUGCUUGGUCACAAUAAGGCCAGCUAUGAGGUCCACAACCCGUACGAAAGAAUCUUGAUCCGGCAGUUCGUGAACAGCCUCAUCAUCUUAGCGUACUACCUCUACCACGAGGAGCAUGAGGGAAGUGAGCCAAUCCUGGCCACAUGUAUGUCCAAGCUGAUCCACAACAAGAUCCUGAGGCAUGCAUGCAAUGUUAAAGGUCACUUUUAUCAUGAGAGCCGUCGGUCAGUAAAUGCCCUCGUCCAUCUUGACCAGUCUUAUGAAGUAUACCAAGCAGUCUGUGCCCCAAGAAAGUUAGCACCAAAGGACAACUCGAUGAAGAUGAGACAAUUCUUGUAUAUGAUGAAGGACCUGAAACUGAUCAACAAUGACUUGAGUCCUAAAGCUCUGCUGGAUAUUCUGUCCUCUGAUGACCCUCGGGUGGCUGAUGGGGAAGGCUGUUGUAACCUGGAAUUGGAGAUGACGUUUUUGGAGUUUUUUGAAGCCCUGAUCGGCUCGGCUGAGGUUUUCGUGACAGAAUCUGUAGUAAAAGACCCAACAACUCCCAGACCUAGUACUGUACUUACACCAGAACAAAGCAUGUUCUCUAUACCAGUGUCUCCAUCACGGAUGGCCAGUCAGGUUGGAAUGGAUGCUGUAGAGUCCAAUGCUCAGGGAUCUCCUCGCCAGGGAACGGUUUCUCCGGAGACAAGUUCUCCUGUACGAGCAGUUUCAUCAGCUGACGGUACGACCAAGACAGGAGAUAUAACAACCAAACAACAUGAGUCCGGAUCCAUGGCAACAGGAGGAUCUGAAAACGAUCAACCAACUGCCGUCAGUCGUCACGAUUCCGUUAAAGACAUCCAGCCACUAGCAGAACAACAAAAAAGUGCAUCAUUUGUGAGCACUCACACCAAUGCUACGGAUGCUGAUGGUCAUAUGCUGAUGCAGAGCUCGGUCUCCAUCGGGGGUCACACCCUGGGGGGCCAGACAGAGGGGGAUGAUGAAGGGGAAUACAAACAUGUUGGUUUGGCUGAAACAGAUGCUGAAGAUGAUGAAGAAGAGCUGGAUGAAGCAACACGACAGUUCAAUUUCUGGACACAUCAAAUUCACAUUUUCUUUGUUCGCAAGUUUUUCCCUGCUGCAGAGAAACUCUCCCAGUUGAAGACAUCCGUGGAGAAGAAGAGAAUUGACGAGGCUAAAGAACGUCUCAAAGCUGAGCAAGACGCGGAGGCUCUAAGACAAAUCGGCCAAUGUUAGGUCGGAAUUCCACUGUCCAAAAUCUCGUGUUAGGAUUUGAUAUACAUUAUCUUCUGUGUUUAUAGAACAAUGUCUGUGAUAACAAAAAAAUUAUUCCGUCCUUGCGGCAAUAUUACAAAUAUCUUAAGUAUUUUCUUAUUAUUAAAUGAAUAUGUGAACAAUUUUACUUCUCACAUCAAUGAAAAUCUGAUUUGCCAGCAGUAUCAUAUUAAUCAAUAAUAAAUACUGUAUUGUUAUGAAUUCGUGGACAAUUUUUUAAUUUAUAUCAAAUAUGAUUAAAAGGAAUUUGUAAACUUAAAUGUAGCCAGUAAUUUGAACUCUGGCCUCUUUCUUGAUCAUUUAAAAAAUUCUCCACUUUGUGCUUCCAUCCUUGGUGAGGAAACUGCAGGCCACAAUUUUCUGAUCUCUUCGUAAUUUGACUAUUCACGAUUAAUACUUAAAAUCAGCUGAUUACCAAAAACAUUACCCAUGACCACUUCAACAUAAACGAGUUACUUCAUUUAUGACAUGAAUGUGAUGAAGAAAUAAAUACAUCUCUAUUAUCAGAGUACAUUAUAUUAAAACUACAUUGUAAAGAUCUAGUGGGGACACUGAAACACAGUAUAAGUAUUGUUUAAAUAUAUCAUUCCAAAUUUAUAUUGAGAAGGCUUAAAUAGGUUUUGCCAGAUGCCCUAUCCUGCUGCAUUUGCAAUCAAAUUUGUUGAAAUUGAAAUAAAAAGGAAAGCAGCAACAGAA